AUGGCGGAAUCGAACUCGUACGAGGAGCAGCGCCGGAGGCAGGUGGAGGAGAACCGCCGGAAGCUGGAGGAGCUGCGCCUGCACCACCUCUCCGCCGCCGCUAGGCCCAAGCCCAACCCCAACCCCAGGCCGAAGCGCAAGGCCCCGGGCCCCGGCGAGCUCCGGCGGUCCGGCCGCGUCGCCGGCCUCCCGGAGCAGCCCAACUACCUCAAGGGCUCAGAGCAGCGCGGCUACCGCGGAGUGUACGAGGCAUACGCUGUUUGGAAAGGGCCGACCGACGAGGAGAGGGCCGCCGCCGUCGUUGCCGCCGCCGCCAAACAAAAGGCGGAGGAGCUCCAGCGCCGGAUCCACGGCAUCCUCUGGCCCGCCUUCGUCAAGCCCGUGACCCACGACUGCGCCAGCAGGGCCGCCGUGAUGACAAUCCCGAAGCACUUCGUCGAGCAUCUCCCGGCGCACGACGAGGCGGUCGUCUUGGUGGACGAGGCGGAUGAGGAGUUCCACAUGCUGUACAAUGCCAGACACCACUUCGUCAACAAGGGGUGGAGAGGGUUCGCCGCCCGCCAUGACCUCGCCGACGGCGAUUGCUUGGUUUUCCAACUGACAGAGAGGACAAAGUUCAAGGUCUACAUAAUUAGAGCAAGUUCCAGUCACGGAGAUGACCAAACUUCUGACGAUAAGGACGAACACUAA